CCUUGGAGGUGGUAAGCAGCUUUAGGAUGAAACUGAACAUGUCCUUCCAAGCUGCUGGCUGCCAGAGACUCAUUGACGUGGAUGAUGACCGGAAACUUUAUACCUCUUACGAGAAGUGUACGGCGCUGAGUAAGGGACAUUCCUGCUACAGACCUAGGAGGACUGGAGAAAGAAAGUGCAGAUCUGUUCAGGGCUACGCUGUGGAUGCCAACCUCAGUGUUCUCAACUUGGUCAUCGUGAAAAAUGGGGAGAAGGAUAUUCCUGGACUCACGGAUGCUCCUGUGCCUUGUUGCCUGGGGCCCAAAAGAGCUAGGAGAAUCCGCAAACUUCUCAGUCUCUUUAAAGAAGAUGAUGUCCGCCAGUGUGUUGUGAUGGGGCUCUUAAACAAAGAAGGUAAGAAACCUAGAACCAAGGCGCCCAAGAUUCAGCGUCUUGUUACUCCACGUAACUUCCAAGGCAAAUGUCGGCGUAUUGCUCAGAAGACACAGAGUUCUAAGAAAAAUAAGGAAGAGGCUGCAGAAGACACUAAACUUUUGGCCAAGAGCAUGAAGGAGGUCAAAAGAAAGCGCCAGGAACAGGUUGCCAAGAGACAGAGGCUGCCCUUUCUGAGAGCUUCUACCUCUGAGUCCAGGCAACAAUGA